GCUGUGUGUCGCAAUCUUACGCAGUAGUCGCACAGUCUAGCGCGUUCAAGCGGCGGUGGAGAUUCGUUAAAGUGGUCUGCAAACAACCAACGAUGGCGACCAGCCAAAGUGUAGUGGGUCGUGCAAAAGGUAGUUCCGCCUACCACGAGUACUACCGGGAGCUGAGUGGUUACGACGAGUUUGGCCCACAGUAUGCUGACCUUCCGAUGGAGAUUUUGGUAAAGAUAUUCACCUAUCUCAAGGCGUCGGAUCGCUGCGUCGCCGGGCAAACGUGUCAGCGAUGGCUAGAAGCAACGCAACACAAUCACUUCCGGGAGGACCUAUGGCUUGCCCUGCAUCGUACUACGUUCGAUACGAACGUGGCCCCGAUUGCCGAUCUGUUGGCUAGUAGUCGCACCUUCCCGAACCUCAGCUUCAGCGAAGUGGACUUCGAACGGAUAGGCAGUUUCUUCGAACGGUUCGGCGCGACGAUCCGGCGGAUCGAGUUCCGUGCUUGCGAGAUACAGGAGCGAACGUUGUACAACAUCCUGCGUCACCUGUCCGGCUUGCGCUCGCUCACGAUACACUCGUGCCGCGAUCUGUUCAUGUGCAUACGUCUCUUUGAAGAUCCGGCUGAACGGACCGAGCUUAUGGGUACACUGUCUAACGUGCGCGAGCUCCGGCUUACGCAAAACCAAUACCUGUCCGAUGCGACACUACAUCGGUUCUGCGAAGUAAUGCCAUCGUUGGUAGUGCUCGAUCUAUCUGGUUGCCACAUCUCCUUUCACAAGGGUCUCUAUCGGAAGUUUUACCCCGCCAGCAACGGACAGCAACCGUCGGAGAGCGUGCUGACGUUUCACUACAUUUCCCGGUUGAUCGAGGAACGGAAACGGAUGCUCCGGGUACUCAAUUUCAGCGAAACACUCAUCGAUGACAGUGCGUUGGAGCUGCUGACUGGAUUGCAACCGGAACUGCAGCUCGAGCGGCUCGAGUUGAACCAGUGCGAACAGCUGUCGCCCCGUGGACUCGAGGCGCUGCUGCAUACACAGACAGGAACUCUGACGCAGCUGCAUCUCACCAGGGCAUACCGAUUGACCGAUACCUGCCUCAGACAAAUUUGCCAUGAGCUGCCGGCGCUCCGUGUGCUACGAAUGCGCGAAUGCCGUGCGCUCAGUGACCAAGGUGUGCGUGAGUUGUCGCACUUGCCAGCGCUCGAAGUGCUAGAUGUAUCAUACUGCAGGGACAUCACGGGUGAGGGGUUACUUGCUGGGCUGGUAGCUCAAUCUCAAGGACCCAACUGCUGCCUACGCGAGCUACAUAUCCGCGCCCUAAACCAUCUCAGCGUGCAAGCGAUCAUCGAGCUUACGAAAUGGUUACCCGAGCUGCGUCUCUUCGAUCUGGGAUUUCAUCAUCAAAGCAUGUUCGAAAUCGCCAUGCAGCACAUCUUCCGCAAUCUCGUGCGCCUCACCCAUCUGGACCUAGAGCAUUGUGACUAUGUGUCGGACAAUGGGAUGACAGGAAUUGGCAUGGGACCGUUAGUGGCAUGUGAUGGGAAAACGGAUGCAUACGUACCUCCCGGUGAUACCGGUGUGCGGCAAGAGGAAAUCCAAGAUACUCCAAAUGUUCCGGCCGUAGAGCAGCCCGCACCAAUGCGCAUAUCGAUCCGGAGCCGUGCCGAGCAGCAGAUAGUCGAGGAAGCGGAGCGAAAGCAACGCCUCAUGGCCUUCAUUAACACUCGGCCAACCACGGCGGCGGCGACGAAAGCUACCAUGCAAACUGACGAUCAGACCACCAAUGGUUAUUCGAUCAGUCGGUUGAGGCAGCUGCGUAUUCUUAAUCUGACGAGAUGUAACCAAUUGACGGACGUUUCGCUGCUAUGCGAUUUCCGCCUGCCCGAACUGCAGCAACUUUCACUCGCACAGUGUCAGCAGAUAUCGGUUGACGGGAUUCGGGCGCUAGUGCGCAGCUGCCCAUCUAUCGAGCAGCUCGAUCUGAGCGAGUGCCACAGUCUGAACGAUCGUGCAGUGGAAUUGAUUGCUGAACAUUUGCGUCGCCUGCGAACGCUCAGUCUACGCCGGUGCCAUCAGCUGACGGACUUCAGUCUCGACUACAUCGCGUGCCACGCGCGCCAGUUGCGUAUGUUGGAUGUACGGGGUUGUAAGCACAUGUGCGAAGAUCCGGCCAUGCGGCUAGUCAGUCUGCCCCUGCUGACUACCAUACUGCCGGGGUUGCAUGACGAGGGUAACAGUGUCUCGUCGACCGGUUUCGGAAUUUCGUUGAUGGCCUCUUCAUCGACGUCCUCUGCGGCUCCACGGCGUCCCAUUCCGAGACCUCCGGCGAUGCCACUGUUUAUUUAACAGCCGACGAACGAUGCUGCUCGUCUUUUUGUUGCUCUUUGAUACCGGAUGUCUUCUGCUCAUGGUAACGCUUUUGAGUCGGUGAAUCUACACAAAAACAUCCACGAACAGCCGGCAGGAAUCUUUGUAGUAAGAACAAAGCAAGCUGAAAUACGCCGCCCCGAAUUAAUUAACUGAAAGUAUUAAUACUACGGACUGGACACGCCGAACAUAUUCAUCUAAUGACGCAAGAGGAAUAACCUGGUAUGUUUUGCAAGCAUCCGACUUCUGGCGCCUCCCCAAGGCAGGGCCUAACAACGUUACUCAGCAUUAAUUUACUUCAGAGAAAAAAGGUGUCUAGCGUUGAUAAGCUUUAUUGGAGGGAAAAAGAUAAGCCUCAGACGACAUCGCUGAGGUUGAUAACGCUACCAUUCAUGAAGUGAGAAGUGAACGGGCAUCGAUGGUCAUUUAAUCAAGAUAAGUAUUGUUGUUAAAUGAGGAGUGCAAUGUAAAUAUUUAACUAUUGAAUAUGUACAGCUGUUAAUAAAUUAAUAAAUCUUGUUAUGCUGUGCUCUUUAAAUGAUAAACUCUAAAAUGAAGCAACAAUGAAGAGAACGGUUCAUUAUUUAUCAAUGUUACACUCGCUUUUAUCAUUAGAACUUUAAAUUGAUAGUAAAGCGUCUGUCGAUGCUAAUCCCGGAUAUAUAUUCCCCUUCUCGAACAGCAGAUUACUUAUGGUAGACAAUCGUACACCCAGCGAUUGAUUGGGUCAAGACAAAUCCUAAGUGAAUCUAAAGAGAGUGAAAU